AUGCGUCCCUCAACCCUGGCAGCAGGGACAAUCGCAUCCCUAGCGACUCUCAUCCAAGCCUUCACGCACCCAGGCCUCCUGCACACAAACACAGACUUCGAACGCAUCAAAACCAAAGUCCACUCCAACACCGAACCCUGGCUCACAGGCUGGUACAAACUAACCAACAGCUCCUUCGCGAACCCCUCCUACACCCCACGUCCCCAAGAAACCAUCUACAGGGGCAAAGACGGCACACACGCAGAAAACUAUCCAAAUCUGUACAAAGACAUCGCGGCGGCCUAUGCGCUAGCCAUCCAAUGGAAAGUCACCGACGACAAAACCUACGCCGACGCAGCCGUCUCCAUCCUCGACGCCUGGGCCACAACCCUAAAAGGCAUCUCGGGAAACUCAGACAAGUUUCUCGCCUCGGGCAUCUACGGCUAUGAGUUCGCCAACGCCGCUGAGCUCAUGCGCGACUAUGACGGCUGGGAUAAGGCGAAGUUCGCCGCCUUCCAGGAUAUGAUGGUCUCCGUGUUCUACCCCAUGAAUCAUGAUUUCUUUGUCCGGCAUAAUGAUGCCAAGAUCGACCAUUACUGGGCUAAUUGGGAUCUGUGUAACCUGGCUUCCAUGCUCUCUAUUGGUGUUCUCGCCGAUAAUGAGACCAUGUAUCAGGAGGCGGUGGAAUAUUUUAAGAAUGGGACUGGUAAUGGUGCUAUUGAGAAGAUGGUCUGGAAGUUGUAUGAUGUUGAGGGUCAGGUUCUGGGUCAAGGCCAGGAGGCUGGGAGGGAUCAAGGUCAUGCUAUGCUUGACUUUGGGCUGUUGGGGGCUAUUGCUCAAGCGGCGUUUAAUCAGGGCGAGGAUUUGUUUGCCUAUGCUGAUAAUCGGAUUUUGGCCGGGUAG